AUACAUGGCACAUUUGAUUUAAUUACGGACUCCAAGAAAAUUGAAAAUGAAGCUACAAAUGAUAUAAUAGAAAUCACAUCGAAUAAAGAAUACUGUAAUGAAAAAAUGAUUGAUCUGGGUGGAAAAGGAGUUCUUGUAAGUGCUAAUCGCCUUAGACAUUGCAAUAGAAAUAGUAUUUCGCAGUACACAUGCGAUUUACUAUCAGUAGUUUUUUCUAAAGAAGAGUUGGCAUCAUCUAGUUUAACGGGAAAAGUUGCUAAUACCAUGAAAGGAAAUGUAACACCUAAAGCACGUUUAAAUCCUAAACGACUUGAGGCAAUUGAAGGCACCUGCACUGGACAAAAAACUAUCAGGAAUGAUUCGAGCGGUGCAAAGAAGAGUGGCCCUCCGAGUGAUAGCAGCGUACAGGACUGUGUCCUAUCCAACCGCUUUUCUGCUGGCCAGGGUUAUGCCGGUGGAGUACCUGGCGGAUCGCUACCGGGAGAUAUACCCAACGUCGUUUUAGAGAAGGCUAUCUUUGAACGCAAGGCAGUUAAGGGAACAUCAGCCAAAUUUUUACGUUGUCAAAAACACACGGAAGGCUGGCCGCGGGAGCUUCAAAAAGCACUGCUGAAUGAAUUCCGAAGAAAGAAAACGAGUGCGGAGUUACACGAAGAAUUGUCAAAGAGAAAGCAGAAAUCGCAGAAGAGUUUACAGCAAUACAUUUAUGCGGUGACGGAGAUUGCUAGUUACGGAGACAUCUCUGUAGAAUCAAUAGUCGACUAUAAGUCUCACGAUGUAAAUUCUAUUAAAAUAACGAAGAACGUAAGUGACACGAAAAUAGAGCGAUGUUAUAAUUGCGGACAUAGCGGACUUAAGUCAGAUAAUUGUCGGGACAAAGAAAAAGGUAGGAAGUGCUUCAAUUGCGAUCAAUUUAGACAUAUUUUAAUAGAAUGCUUGAAGCCGAAACGUAUAAACAACACUCAGAAGACAAAUACGCAAACAGAUACGACGACGAAAAGCUCUUAUACGGUUAGACAAGUAGAAAGUUUUCAUGGAAUGAAGAAGCAGGCAGCGAUGAUUAAAUUCAAAAAGUAUGACAAAUUAGGAAAACCGACGUUGAACUCAAGAGCAAUGACGUUAACGGGACUAGAUCAAAACGAAGAAAAACGAUUAGCAGAUUCCGAGCAAAGGACUCCGCACGAUUUAUAUGAAAAAAUAAUCUUGAACGAUCAAGAGCCUGUGAAAGAGGUAGAAAGAGCUGCGGUGCAGAAUGAUCAAGAUAGGGUAGAGCCGAAAACAUUCGAUAUAUCACGAGAAAAUCGACACUAUUUUCCACGAUUUGACGCUCACGGUCAGAUGUUAAGAAUAGACGAGAAUACAACGACGCCAUCUAAGGACAAACAGACUCACCUUGAUCUCAUUAACGCAUAUUCUAUGACUAUGGACUUGACUGGAUAA